AUGGAUAUCACAUUUAACUAACUUGAUGUUUUACAGAAAAUAAUCUUGGAACGCAGCGAAGAUAUUAGAUUACUCAAUGCUAUAAACUAGUAAGUGCUUGCAAAUCAAAUGUUUUUCGAUUUGGAAUUUACGAAAGUUUAAUAAUCUUUAAGAUAACUUGGAUUCAAAAUAAUUGGGCUGAAGAAGAACGAUAAAUAAAGAAUUGAGGAGGAGAAUAAGAUUAUAGAGGCAUUGUCGAAAAUCCUAAUGGUGAAUUUACCCGAAAGGAUGUAAAUAUAUAGAUUUAGUUAAACAAUAAUAAAACAAUUCAGACCUGAAAUGCACAUCAUAAGAUUCAAUUAGAAGGAUACAAAGGAUUUAUUUUCAAUGUUUAAGUAAUUCUUUAUGGCUGAAAAUAAUUUCGAUGGAAUACAUUUUGUGCAAUCGAAUUAAGAAUCUGAUUUUAAGGUAACCGAUCAAAACAAAACAGAUGUCCACCGCGAUCGUAUUGAUCAAGUUUCUUGUGAGUAGAUCAAGGGAAGAAUUCCAACUGUUAAUUCAAUCAGCUUCGACCUCUGUCAUUGGAAAAAUGAAGCAGUAACUAGAAAAGAAAGCAGAUGAUACAACCAAUGACAGUAAGGUGGAGAAGACUGAACCAGAAGAAAGGAAACCGAAGCUACUCUUAAGAAAGAAAGUGAUCAUAGUUAGAGAAAACACGUAACAAUAAAUGAAAUAGCCAGAAAUUAUAAAUCGCAGUGUCUCAGUUACUGAUAAAUUAGUACUGUAUUCGCAACCUCAAGAAUCCAAUGUAAAUCCUGAGAAAGAAUUGAAAUAUCAAUUAAGAUUGUAAUAGAGGAAGUUGAGAAAAGAUUUAAAAAACAUCUAUCAGCCAAUGAUUGAUUUGGACAAUGAUCAUAUGUGGUGUUCUCAUGCAGUUCUAAAGAAAAAGUUUUUGAAAUACCCUGAAAAAUAUUGUACUUAGUAUCUUAUAAUUUUAGUUUUAAAAAGAGGAGCCUUUUACAUUUGGAAAUAUUUGAACAAUAAUAAUUCUGAUAUAAGAAUAACAAUCAUGAAUUUUGCAUAUAGAAGAGCCAAAUUGGUAAUAGUUGACAAAAUCCUUUAAGAAUAAAUAUAGGAACUUCACAAAUAUUACAAUACCACCGGCUAACUUCCGAGAUAAUAAUUGCCUUUGUUAGUUUCCUGUCAACAAACACCCAAAAUUAUGAAACCUCCAAUUCGACUCCAAUAACAAUUAUAGGUUCCUAAUAUAAGUCAAUUGCCUAUGUUGAGAAGUUAACACUAGCAGAUUAAAUCAAUGGAAUUUUAUGAAGUAACAACUAAAGAUCAAAGAGCACAUAAAUCUAAUAAAUCAUUAAAUCUUACUUAGGAGUAGGCAAAAAUAUAGCAAAAGAUAAAAUUAUAAAGUUCAAAAGACUUAAUUUGA